AUGGCCGUCCCUUUAGAGGUAUCCUACAGAGGCACAACACUUGACGGGACCAUAAAAAAAUUACCGUUACACAGCGGUAUGAUCGUUAACGGAAGUUUUACUGUAUUAUAUGCGGAUCGUAGCCACUUUCUUCCAAAAAUAAAAUAGGCGCGUUAGAUGAGUAUUGUCGGUGUCGUGGAAAACGGAAUGUGGGUGAACGGCGUAUUUACGAGAACAGCCAGAUAUUAUAUCAAUCUCCUUGACACAUUAAUUCAAUAUAUAUUAUUUAUAUGGCAACCUAUAAUUUUUAAAUUAAAAUCCAUUUACAUUGUUACGGACCCUGUCCUUCACGUGUAAUGUUUGUUGAUUAUAAAUUAAGAAUUUCACGCGACGAGAUAUGAAAUCGGUCGUCGCACUAAGCACACGCACGUUAGGGCCGUUCAUACGGUCGUGGUAAACCGACAACGUUCCCGUGAAACAACGGAUGGUACGUGUUCAUGGGCCGAAAGGAAAACGUGUCCGGGUACGGACGAUGUGCCACCAGUAGACAACGGCGGCAGGGUCCACCACCACCUAGGUACGACCGAAGCGAAAACCAUUUAUAAGGAGACCGGAAUCAUCAACAAACGAGCGCCUGAACUCAGUGAGGGGUCGAGACAGCUACACCACCACCGACGCACGAGAAGGAUGAGCACCGUCACCUCGACACCAACCCGGUCAGUCAUUUCUUUAGUGUACUUACACCUGAUAAUUACAACUGAGUCUUGACCCGGGUCUGGUGUCGCAGGGUUUUCACUUGCAGAUACAAUUUGUCAACCAUAUAGUGUUCUAAUAAAAAACCAUUUGUAGACCUAACACACGUGUACAUCUUCCCAUUAAAAGGCUGUGUCCGAACGGCCCGUAACAACAUUUUAGACGGGAAAAAUCGACGAUUUAAUGUAUUUAGUACCUAUUACAUUCGUAUUAGAUGUUAAUAUAUAAACCCCCCCCCGAACGCACGUAUAGGAACAUUUUCUUGUUUAAAAUUUAACUUACAUCCGAACCAUUGUAAUACGGAGGAGGUCGUAUAAGUAUCUAGAUAGUACAUCAAUUUUAAUAAUAAUUACUUACCUACGGGUUUACCCAUUUAUCUGAUAUUAUUGAUUAUAUAAAAAAAAAAUUUAGGCAAAUGAGCCUGAAUAUUUUUUUUCAAUAAACAAAUCAUAAACUUAGGCGGGCGUAUGCUUUUUUCAGGGUAUGCAGAAGACUGCCACUAGCGCCCCUGAAAAUUAUUUUGAGCUCGUAAAAUUCUGAUAUAAAAAUAUAUACAAACAUUGAAAUGUUUUACUAGCUAUUCAAUUAAAAAUGUAGUUUUUACUUAAAAUUCAAAUUAAAUUAAAACAUGAAACGUACAUAUUUUGCAAAUAUUUGAUUCAACUCGUAAUAUGGUUUUGUGGACCCCGGGGACGUAGUCCCUGAUUCCUCCCCCUUAAUCCGGGCCUGAUAUUCAGAGUAUGUAGCUGCAUACCCUGAAUACCCCAUGCAUACGCCUAUUAUCAUAAAUGUCGAGUUCUCCUACUAUUCAACCGACAGAGCGAAGCAUAUAUUUAGAAUAAAAUGGAAAGUAGGAGGUACUUUUGUUUUUGGAAGAUGAAAACGGUAUCUCGUUUUUGGUGUAAAAUCGUUUCGCCCAGAUUGUAUUAUAGGUAUUGGUAUCUUAGCGAUGACAUUGUAUUUUGCUAUUUGUUUCUUUCUCCUAAUUAAUUUCACUUUUCAUAUCGUAAGUAUUUAUGGGGUUUUUUUAUUCUUUUUUUUUUUUACAAUGCGUUCGUUACGCUUAUCGUUUUUCGUGUACUUAAACUAUUACUACUAUAGCUGUUGUUUAUAUUUUUCCGUACGACCGGUCAGCGCGUUCGACUUUCUGAAAUGGAAAUUAAACGAAAACGUGUGUGAAAACGAUUAUAUUAUUAAUAAUAAUUUAUUAUAUCUGAAAGCUAUGGAAACUGAAAUGAUUUUUAUUUUUUCCGUAAUUUUCACUGUGGUAUAGGUCGGUGGUGGCAGUACCAAAACCGACGAAAAGAUUCGAAAUUUUCAUCAUCUGACCAGAAAAGAGCUAAAUCUGUACGCGAUAGCCCAAUGGAAUUACCACACCAACAGAAACAAUGAGACGAUAAGGAAUGCGGUAAGUGCGUAGUGCAACAUCACUGCUCGGGGUUGUCGUUAUGCAAGAAAAAAAAAAAAGAAAAACUUGUAACCCAUAGUGUGUAAUAAAUCAAUACUUACCAGUGGCGUAUUUAGGAAUAUUUCAUGGAGAGGUCCACACAAUUUUUCAAACUAAUUUAUAUAUUCAGUAAUCUGAGAUCACUAAUGUAUAUACCAGUCUACAAUAAAAUAUGUUAUUUAUAUUGAGUAUAAUUUCGUAUACCAGAAAUGUAAUAAUAACUUCGGAAUUCAGUGUGGUGAGAGUAUUUCCAUCAUAAAUAUUGUUUAUCGAAACUGGUAACGAUAACACAGCAAUUAAUUUAACUAUAAUUUUUGUCUUUAUUUGUUUAUAAAUACAUUACGAAAAUAAAUAAAUUAUUAUCGGUUUUUAAAUUUUAACCAUUUUCAUACAGCUAUUACUCAUAAAAAAAAAUCCAAAUGAGGGGGUAAGUUUUAACACCCAAAAUCUACUCGUGUGUACGCCACUGAAUUGAGUAAUGCUUAAUAUCAUUGGACAUAUUAUUUGUAUCUACGUGGAAUCGUCGACUUUCUCGUAUUUAAAAUAAUUGUUUUAGAUUCUGAACGUAACGAGAGAUGCAUCCCACAUAUUAUAGUUUCACUGUGUGUGUGGGUUUUUUUCCUGUUGGUAAACGACUUCUCGACCAGGAAUCAUGCUCCGAUCACCAAUUUAAUUCAUUAAUGGUUUCUUGUAGAACGAUUUUUUCUAAUUACAGAGUAGGCCAUUCUUUGACGUUUUCAAUAAUGAGUGAAAACCGGGAAUAAAGGGAAUAUUAACGCAAUAACGGUUUUUGGAUAUGGCGAUUUUGUUUUUUUUUUUCGUUGCUUUUAAUUCACUGAAGAAUAAUCGAGGCGCCUAAAAAAUUGUCGCCAAAUACGUAUAUUCCUACUGUUUAGACGUACUUCAAUAUUCAAUUUAUUUAUAUGUAUUUGAUAUUUUUGAGGUUUUUUUUUUUUUUGAUUCUAUAUGAAUAUAAAUAUGUUUUUUAAAUUAUUUCUACUGUCUGUUUAAAUUCAAAUUUUUGAUGAAAUUUUGUAAAAACACGCACACUAAUUAUAAUUAUUUAUUUAAUUACAAACGAAUGAAAUUUUCUAUUUAAGGUUAUUCGAAACGCGAUUAAACGAAUUUAGCUUUUCGUUAGCAACGAUUUAUUAGUUACAAAUACAUUUACACUGUGUAUGUUAUACUACUUUUUUACCUAUACCAAUGGCCUAAAACACUAAUAAGUAAUAACACUACCCGGAGCUCAUCAUGUACAAGCAGAGUAUAAUGUAGCGUUAAUGCAUAAAACCAGAGGCACAGGAACUAUUUUUCAUUUAGGGGGGGGGGGUUGUUAGAAGGGAAAAAGUAUAGUUGGUGUAACUAUCCAUAGUUAAAUCAUAAAUUAUACUCCCCGAGACCCGUCUUUCUUCCCUGAUGGUGAUGGCUAAUUUAUAAUUUGUAUAUAUGACUUUUCGUCUUACUAAUAUCGCUAUGCGUUUAUUUUAUACAUUUUAUUUUUCGUUACUCCAACCCGUCCCACUUCCCUCACGAAGAAAUGCUGCGUGCGGGAGCCAUGUUAUGACGAUCGAUUGACGUGUUCGAAUCGCAAUGGCAUUAUCGUAACAGCCACUAAUCUGACGUCAGUAAUAUUAUAUUAAUGCAACAGUGCAACGCACUGUACAUAAUAAACAUGGACGUAAAAUGAAUCGCUCGGUUUACUCCGUAGCCGGGCGCUCUCCCUAUAGAAACUAUUAUUAUACCUAUCAAUAAAUUAUAAUAGUUCGUCUAUUGUCCGAUACGUAAACUUUGUCGCGUAAAAUCGUUGACCCCGCAGUAUUUACGGCACUCGACAUAAUAAUAUUAUUGGAGUUAAUCGAUGUUGUACAAUUUCGCAUAUUGUGUUACGGCGUUUCGAUGUUUAUCGUCGGUACUUAUCUGUGUUACACAGGAGGAUCUUUCAAAUGUCACGGUACCUACAGUCGAAUUCACUAUAAAUUACUUUUUUCUUCAAUAAAUAACAUACCUACUUAAAUAUUUUAUACGUUUAAUUCAACACGUUCCAUGAUGGGAUCCACUUUUGAUUUUUAAAUAGCAACCUACAUUUAAAAUUACACAAAUAGACGGAGUAUUAGUUUAAAUGCAUUUUGGUGUCAAUAUUUUUUCCUUAACUUGAAAGUUAAAAAUGGAAUCUCUCGUCAAAGGGAGAUAAAAAAACGUCAACACGAAAAUUACUCUAAACUAAUACUCUAUUUAUGGCAUUUUCAAUUACAGGUUGCUAUUUGGAAAUCAAAAGUGGGUAGCCGAUUCACUCCCAAAAAUAAGAAAAAUGUAAAAUAUAUAAGAUUAUAAAAUGGUUUUAAAUAAGUAUAGAAAAUAUAAGUAAUUCGUAGAAAAUUCUACUGUAACAUUAAUUUUGAAAACCUCUGUUUAAUAUUGAACUUUCUCGUAUCAUUCGAGUAUUACCGUAUUAUUUCGUCGGUUUUAAUAUUAUAAUUUAUAUUUCACGGAGAUUGUCAGUACCGAAAUGUAUUAUAGUUAUCGAUUUAAAGAAACUCAUGGAUGAUACAUAUCGUGGAUCAUAUAGUAUACACAAUAAUCUCGUGUUAUAGUAUUUUAUACCGGUAUUAUUCGUUCAAAUCUGUUAUAAAAACAGGUAAUUUUUAAGACCCUUUUCUCGUAUUUUCUCAAAGAAAAUUAAAUAUUUUUUUGUAUAUAUAUUCAUACUGAUACUGUAGUUUCGUCAACAUGUCACCGUGGGUACCAAUGGAACCAGAAACGAACGAAAAUAUACGUUCAUAAAUAUCCAAAAUUCAAUUUUGAACCCCCGUCGCUAAGAUGAAUAAUGAUGAAGAAUGAAUAAAGAUUGAAAUAAACUAUACCCUAUUAGCACUUUUCUGAAACCACGUAAAAAAAACACUCUAAAAAAAAAAAAAUGUCGUAAAAAUCCGUCAAAUAGUUUUUAAUAUUCAGUUGAACCCGUUCAAAGGCACUUAUUCGUUUAAUGAAUUUCAUCACUUUUUUUUUUUAACACCUGUAUUUAAAUGCUUGCAGAGAUAUUAUACAUUAUCUCAAAUAAAAACAUCUGCUGGUAAUUUAUCUGCAUCUGUUUCAUCUCUAUUAUUUAAUUUUUAAGUUCCUCUUUGACGUACCCGCUGGUCUGUUCCAUCUCGAACGAUCCGCUUCGUAUUGGUUAAUGCAUUCAGGCACUAAUAUUUUGCGAAAAUGUAAAUCCGUCACGUGUAAAUGUAUUAAACUAAAUUGUGCCAGUUAUUUUAUGUAAAAAUAACUUCCCCGUAAAUAAACAAUAAUAAAUAAUCUGCAUGUAAGCGCGUAGAAGUCGAGCAAGUCGAUAUUGAAAGAAACAAAGAAUGUUUAAGAUCAUCGGCACAAUGAUUGCCAACCCGAGUGUAAAAAGUUAUGUCCUGUUUAGGAGUAAAAAAAUCUAAAUAAUUAAACAACAGUAUUUCAACAACGGUAUGCGCGUACCUAUACCUAUAGGUGACGAAGACAGUAUUCGUAUACUUUUUUUUUUUUCAUAAACAUGUGUAAAAAAACUGUCCUAUUGUCCGAAGAGAAAUGAUUAUCAAAGUGAUUUUUUUUUUCAUCUGAGUGACAGAAUAAGAAACGGAAAAUUAAAAUAAAAACAUUGCUGAGAAAUUCGCGUGUUGACGUUGUAGUUAGAAUAAUAUUCAUCGCCAUCGUCUCAACCUUAGAUUUCGCAGACGGCCGUUCGCGAAUAAAAUAUAAAACAAAUAGAAUAACAGCACAAUAAAUUGCUGUUAUACCAUUGAAACCGUAUCUUAAUGCUGAGUCCUAACAACAGCAGCAGCAGUAGUAUUAGAACAAUAAUGCAUUUUUCUUUUAUUCGCUAUCCAUCUCUGUACAAUAUUCAAACGCCGACGCGUGCAAUUGUGAAGCCUCCGUUGCGGAUUUGAAAUUCUGAGCCACGCUUUUCAAAAGCUAUUGAUUUUACAAUUUGUUCGUCGUCUUUUCGAGCAGAAAUAGCAUAGGUAGAUAUAUAACUAGGUUCUGACAAAUGUUCGCGAUACUCACUCUAUAUAAUAUAUGAAUUUUAAAUUCCGCACAAUUUUAUCAUAAUAAUAAUAUUAUUAUACGUUUAAAAUUUGUUGGUCGUUAGAAAUUGAAAAAUCUGCUAAAUAUUUUCGUCGAUCGAUAUAUUAUUAUGAAAAACAUUAUUAUCAUAAUCUCUUCCCAUUGAUACGCGAAAUUUAUAUAAUAUAUAUUUUUAAAAAAUCGAUUAUACAGGGGUUUAUUUAAAAAAAAAAAAAAAAAAAUACAAAAAACCUAUUCCUUAGAAUGGAAAUUAUCCUGUUAACCAUAAAUCAUAAUAGAUACAUGUUAGUCAAAUUAUUGGUAGGUACGUACUUGUGUGAUCAUUUUUUUCUAUUAAUUCUUGACAAAGGAGUCUCUCAGAACGAAUUCAUACGAAACAAAUAUACAGCAUUGUUAUUGUACGAUAAUUUGGAUUUUUUUUUUUGUUUACAUUUUUCUUUGCAUAUUUUUGAAAAUGUUUCUCGAUAUCCUGUAAUCGGACGGUACAGACGCCUAUAAUAACACGCCUGCCACGUCUACGCAUAUUAUUUUGUCAUAAAUAUCACAUUUGUUUUUUCGCGUAUUAGGUACAUAUAUAAUUUUGAAGGAUGUGUUUAUGGUAUUAUUUAUUAUAUUGUAUAUCUAAGACGCGUGUCGACGAUUUACUACAUUCAUGAAUUUGUAGGAUCUGAUUUCAAUUUUUAAUAGUUUUUCACGCCGACGAACGUUUAGACAACUUUAGACUGGACAAAUUCAUAGAUCCGUGUAUAAAAAAAAACGCUAUUUUUUUCGCUCUCCUAUUAUAAAAUAUUUAUAGGCGUAGGGAUAAAAUGCACCGAGAGAUUAAUGGCGAUGAAAUAUUAUGCCGUGGUGCGGGCACAACAUAUUUUUAAUAUUGAUACUAACUUCUAGUAAAGCAAUAAUUUAUAAUGCUUAUAAUAUAUAUUUCAAUCAAUCGCGAGUAUACAUAUUAUGUACCCCCACACGCUGUUCAUUAAUAUCUUCGAUUAAAAUUGGUACGGUUUUUUUUCCUCUAUAAAACAUUGUAUCAAAUUAAUUUGUUCGCUCGUUAUAUUAUAGUUCAAUAAUAUUUUAAAAAAAAAACCGAUUGAACAAAAAAAAAAAUUUAAAACGAUUCGUUAACACGAGUUAAAAUGUAUGGUUUUUAAACACAACGAUACAAUGAUGUAUGAUUACAGUAAAUCACAAUAUUAUUAUCACUACGUUAUUGUACAAUGUUAUUGAAUAUCAUCCUUUUUCGAUGUACAUUCGUUUGCCUACACACGGCCAGAUAAUUUUCUUUGAUCUGAACUCCGGCAUAAUGUAACGUCGUUGCGCAAAGAAAAACCGGUCAAGCGCGUGUCUUUUAUUGUAUAUUGUGCCCGUGACAAAAUCGAUGAUCGCAGUGUGUCACGUUUACAUUCAGUUCACUCGAUUUUCGCCACAGUACGUUCUUUAUUCGUGCAUUAUCCAUAAAUUCUGCAGUACUUUGAAAUUUUAAUAUUUUAAACUUUUCAACAAAAAAUAAUAUAUUUAUUUAUUCGAAUAACACUCGUGGCUUUUGAAUCGAGAUCUACGGCGUCUAUAUUAUUUUAUGCAUUAAUUUUCUCUUGUCAAAACGUAUUGACGUAAUAAUUUUUUUUUUUUUUUUGUUAUUCUUUAAGAGGGCUUCUAUCAAAGUUCGGCCCCGGGACCUUUAAAUGUCCUAAUCCGGACUCGUUUACGAUAAUAUAUUGCGAAUGGAAAAAAUAUUUGAGUGGAAUGUGCGUGUCAGAAAACUUAUCUAUACAUGAGUAGGUAGUAUUAUUUAGUGUAGGUUUUUUUAUUAUAUGUGUCGUGAAAUAUUAUAAUCUGUACAACAAUAUUAAUGUCGCAUAGAAACCUAUUUAUUGUAUUUUCAAAAACCUUUGCAACUAUACGCAAUUGAACUUUCGAACAAAUAGCGCCAAAGUUGCACAGAUAACAUAAUUAUCUUGAAGUUUGAUAAUACGUCGGUCCACUCUAUAAUAUCGAAACUAACAGCACAAUGUUGUCCUCGCUAAACGUAAAUUUGCUGUGUCGUACGUUUGCAAGACGGAAACGGGUGACACGUACGGACUACCACGAUCACUUAAACAUUUUCCUAUUCUACGAGCACGGAGUCGCAUAAUAUUAUUUUAUAGUUGUUGUACCACACUAUGAGCAAGUUUAUUUAUUAUUUUUUUUUUUUUAUAAAACCCGUAUUGUCGGAAAUAAUAAAAAUAAACUCUGUAAAUAUUUUUUUACAACUUACGGGGAAAAAAACUAGACGAUUUAUUUGUUUAAUUUUUUUCAUAACAUUAUUAUGUUCACGCAAACGUUAUAAUAUUUAAUAUUAUAUAUAUAUUUAUUAUUUUUUUUUUUUGGUUAACAGCCCAGGGGCUGGUUGGCAGCAUUCCUCCAGUCCUCCAGUCCUCGGUCAGUAUAUAUAAAUAUAAAUAUUUUUUAAUGUUCUACAUUAUAAUCCGAUUCCUUUUUUAAUGCAAAUAAAUCGUUUUACCAUAAUGUUAUUGUUAUAUGAUUAUAUCGUGCUCGACGUAAUAUAAUGAACACUGGGCGCAGUUGACCGUUUAUCGUGAAACAUAGGCAAAAUAUUGUUAUUAUAUAACGGAACGUUCGACGAGGCAUAAUAUUUUACGCUAUCGGCCCAUCGAUACAUUCUGUAUACUGGAAAAAUGGUAGAUUAUUAAUUUUCAUAAUUAUUACUAUUAAUAUAUUAUUUUGUUGUAUACGACAGGAAUUUCGGACAAUUUCGGUAUAGAAUAAAACUUUUAGAGCAGUAAAAUUCGAUGCUUUCGAAACUAUACCGCAAAAACUUGUUUUUUUUCUUUUUAAAUGUUUGAAAAAAAAAAUGAAAUUUCAAUUAGAAUUAUUGUCCUACUAACUACUGAAAAAUAACUGCAUUUAAAUAAUAUAAUAUUGAUUUGUUACGGAGAUAUGAGACUUUUGGACGAUCUAGGACAAAUGAACGUAGGCACGUGGCCGUUUGGAAGUUGGGACAAUUGGACGCAAAAAAAAAAAAAAAAUAGAAUAAUAAUAAAUAAAUAAAUACAAAUUUUAGUGAAAAAAAAAAUGAAAUACAAUAUUAGAAAAGAAAGGUAAGAUGGGGACGGAUGCAGUCACUGAUGUAGGUGGGAAGUUGGAAAGUUAGGAUAUAGACAGGAAUUCAAUGUCUCUAAGCAAUGAUAAACCAUUGCUUACGAAAAAACGAUUCUGAGCGGAGUUCAGUUGAUAGUGAAGCUUUGUCAAUAAUAUAUUUGUCAUUUCAUAUUAAAAAAAAAAAAAAUGAAAUAGGCUUUAUAUAAUUUCUUUAAUAAAAUUUGUUUAAUGUUGUACCGAUUUUCCCGGUUUUCCCAUGUUUUAUUCCGGUUUUUCACAUUUGCUAGGAAAACUCUUGGUAAAAUCAAAAAAUCACUUCUUUAAAGUGCCUCUUUUUUUCUUUCGUUCACAAAAAAAAAAAUCGUAAUUUAUAUUUAAAAUAUAACUCUAUAGAAAAUUGAAAAAUGACCUCCCUAAAACCAUAAGCUUCUUCGCUCCACUCAAAAUCUAAAAUACAUAGGUAUUAAUUGCUGUAGUCAUACAAAGGUCAAGUAAAAAAAAAUAUAAUAUUAAUUUGGGGCCUCAAAUUAAAUUCUUGCACACAAGCCUUAGAGAUCAUAAUUGCGGCACUGGCUGUUGCUCGAGAAACCGUUCGUCAGAUAUAAAUAUGUGAUACGUUUUAAAUUUCCAGGAAAAUAAUCUUUACAGAAUGGUUUUCUUAAAAUUUUCUGAAAAUAACAAAAUACAAAGUUAUUUUUUUAAUUUAUUUUAGAAAAAAAAAAAAGGAAUUAAUCAAAAUAUAAAUAUUUGUAGUCCUUUGUGAGUAUUAUGAAAAAAAAACAGAAUUUGAUUAUCUUUAUUUUCUCCGGAGAUAUUCAAGGGGUAUAUUUUCGUGGGACAGCCUGUAUAAAAAAAACUUGGGCCGUAGUAAAAUCAAUAGAAAUAAAUAAAAUAAUCUCAAACAUAAUUUAUUGACCAUUGUGCUCAUAAUUGUCUAGCACUAAUAAUUAUAGCGCCUUGAAUAUUUACUCACAGAAUCUAUAAGUGCAAUCUAUAAUUUAAAUUUAUAUAUAAAUAUAUACUAAUACGCCGGAAAUGUUUAAAAAAAAAAAAAUUUCAAAAAAAAAUUAUUAAAUAAUUAAAAUUUCAUAUAUGUACAUAAUAUUAAUCAAGUGAAAUAUGUUGAGCGAUUCCACGUAAGAAUGUCGUUUUUAGUUGUACUUUCAUAAUUUUGAAAUAUUCUUAUAUUUCGUUCAACCGCGUCAAUAAAUUUCUUUACUUGAACACAAUUCGUAGUUGUACGCAACUGCGAUGAAGUAUAAACGGUUGUAAAAACUAAUAGAUACUGCCUAUAAUACGUAAUGUAUAAACGAUAAGGCACCUACGAUAAGAUUAGUUAGGUAUAUUGUGUAGGUACACAUCAUUGGUUUUAUAAUUUUUAAAUAAACUAAAAUUAAAUUUUUACACGGGACUUGAUAUUAGGUACAUUUUUAUUUUUCACUCAAAAUAUUUCACUUAGUUAAUAUUAUGUACACAACUUUUUAACUAUAAUCUUUUUAAAAUUUCUUUUUUAACCUUUUUUUUUUUUGACGUCCAAUUAUUCCAACGUCCAAACGACCACGUCCCCGAGAAUAGUCACGUUCAUUUAUUCGUAGUCUAUUUUUAGACUUUUUUCCGAACUUUGUUCAGAAUCGUUUUUUGAUUAUCAUCACUUUCGGUAGGUUGCCUUACUACUUACAACGGUGACCUACCCACGGUCCGAAAUUUGUCCGCGAUUUUCGUUUUUUUUUUUUUUUUUAUCAACAAUACUGCUGACCGUUUACAUAUUAUAAUUAUAUUAUAGGCAAGAGAGACGUGUCUCGGAUUUUAUGAAGCCUUUUUUUUUUACAUUCGGUCGACAGCGCACGGGUUUUUUUUUUUUUUUCUUGCAUAUUAUUAUGUUAAAGUUGAAUUGUCCUUCCUUCUCCGGUUUUUCUGUUAUUUAUUUUUUUUUUUAUUUAUUCAUUCGAUUCAACGAAUACACGCAAAACGUAUACUUGUUUAUAUAGUAUGUAUACAAUUCGAUUGGAUUUUUUUCGAGUACAUAUUAUUCAACUCGAUACUAUAUUAGAUUAUAACCCAAGGGACGACGCAUUGGUUGUACAGUAUGAUUUGUUUUUAUAUUAUUUUCAAAAUACUACGCUUGUAUAAUGUAGGAGUGCAUUAAUACAGGGGCGGAUUGGCCUACAGGGAAAUUUCCUGAUGGGCUGGUCAUCGUGAGGACAGCUAUGUUGAUAUUAUGUUAUUCGUAAAAUAAUAUAUGAAUAUGUGAUGUAUUGUAUUAUUUUUUUUUUUUUUUAGAUAUUUUGUUAAUUAUUACGGUUUUAUAGGGUUUCAAGAUAGUUGUGUGCAUUACACAGUCGAGCAAUUGAAAAAUAAAACUAAGCUUUACAUAGAGAACUUUGUGUCAUCAACUAUAGGUUCAAGUAAUUAAUAUUUUAAUGAUUGACUGGUUCAUUUAAUAAUACACCGGUUGUUUUAUGAUAUAUUUAUAUUAAUUCCGUAAGUAUAUUAAACACACAAAUUAGUAUUCACCUAGUUUAGAAUCGUCUACUAUGGAGUGUAUUUGUUUUUCCGGGAAAAUCGUCUAGAAGUGGAUUAUUGAGAGGUUUUGUCUAUAUUAAAUGUAGCUAUGCCUUUUUUGUUGUAUUCAAAAUAAUGUUUAACAGAUGUGAAAGGGAGUACUUAAAACUCCCCUUUUUAAAAAUUGGUAAUAACAGAAUUUUCAUAAUAUCAAAAUGUUUAAACUUUGCAGUAUCUUUUGAUAACUAUACAAAAUAUUCAACAAUUUGAACGUGUACUCAAGAAUUUAGUUAAUAAUUUGGUUGAUAAUUGGGAGGGGGGCGUGAAAGCCCCUUUCGUUUUACUGUAUUAUAUUAUAGAUUUUUAGCAACCCUCGACAUUUUAUUCCGUUCACGCAAUCAUGCAUUGGAUUUGUGUAGGUUUGUAGUUUAAUUCAUAUUUUCAAGACAAAAAAAAAAAUCGUUUAAAAUGAACGAAUAAAUUUGUUUAAUACAUUCGUAUAACGAUUGAACACGUAUUCAAAUGUCAUUCACUCGAUUGCGUACACUGUUCAUUCAGGAAAAAUUGAUCACGUUCGUUCCAAACACUGAUUUUAAAUUAUAAAUAUAACAACGCAUUUAUUUACAUCCCUCCUAACUAUGCAUAUUCUUUUUUUUUGUGAAAUGUCAGUCUUGGUAUGUAUUCUUUAGGAAAUCUAAAUACCGGGAAAAUCUUAAACAAUCAUUUGUUUCCUCUAACUUUUGUAACAUAACAGGAUUUAUUAAUUUUUACUUCGUGGUAGUUAUUAUACUUAUGGAUUUGCUUUGAUAAAGUUUGAACUUUUUGGGAAUAAUGGUCGAAAGUUUGGCCGUUAAAUGUUUUAUCGGCGAUUAUACUUAAAAUAAUAUUAAAAUAGGUAGACGCUAUUGUUAAUAUUUAGUUUAGUAAAUCGUUUUUCGAAUUAUGAUUUAUCGUCAUUUGUGUAUAAUAAUAUUAUAUACUGUAGGUCUGUGGAAGUUAUAAUAUAAUCAUGAAAAUGCUACAAAAUAAAAACGGUUUAAAUAUUUAAAAAUGUAUUUAAUAGUUUAAGGGUAUGUAGACAUUGGAAUAUUAAUCGUAUUUUUUCAAAGUCCAAUAUAAUAAAUUAUAAUUAAAAAUUGAAUUGCUUACAGACAUUAAUAAUCAUAUAUUUGAUUAUAAUAAGAUUUGGGGGUGUUCACGAAAAAUAAACUAUUUUUAAAGUGAUCGGAGCAAUAUUUAAAUACAACGGGUCACAAAAAUAGUCAUUCUUCGUGAUUCCGUAAACGUAAAUAGUACUAUCAGAUAUAGGUAUACUACAUGUGCACAAUUGAAUACUACAAUAGUGUUUUUGUUUUGUAGUUGGAAUCGUCCAAUCGAUUGUUUCUUUAUCAAAGGUUACUGGUAUCGUCCGCCCAAAAUCUGUCGCUGGCUUUUGACAUGAACUACGAAGACCUGCUGCCCUUUGUUUACUUUUUACGCGACCACGGCGUAUGUCAGAUGAGCUUGAGCAGUUUUAAUACCGUACGUGUCCCAAUUAUAGCAUAUUUAUAUAUAUAUAUAUAUAUAUAUACACAUAUUGUAUAGUAUACACUUUAUAAAGUGAUUUUUUUUUUUAUCACAGUCCAGCGAUUACGAUUUUGAGUAAAAAUGAUUUUGGUUUCUAUUUCACACGUUUUAUUUGACCGUGUUUAAUGACGUUAUUUAUAUUAUUUUCAAAAUGUUACCCUUAUUCCGUACACCAUACAUGCAUAUUUACUUUUUGAUUUUCAAAUAGCCCAUUCCUCCUCGAUUAUCAACACAGAAACCAACCAAAAUCGAUGUAUCGUAUAGUAAAAAAAAUCACCUUGUAUAUUAUAUUUAGCGUGACCAGAAGUCCCGCAUUAGGAGGGAUUUCCGUUCCGAUCUUUAGAUCUGCGUCCCUCUUUUUAAGUUCUCCCGUAAUAAAAUGAUGGCCACAUUAGUUAAAUUGUAUUCGUAGGAAAUGUUUCGGAAACAUCUACUACGGCAUUUCAAUAAUAUAUUGAAAAUCAAUAAUUCAUUGAUAUUGUCGCGGGACAUUUCGAAGGUAGGUUAGUAUUUACGUAGUCAUCUUUCGUGUCCUAUAUUAUAUCAGCGUUUCUCAACCUUUGGUUAGCGAAUAAUUUUGAUCGGCUUACCUAACAUUUUAAAAUGAAAAUAAAGGCCGUUUUAAACACGUUUAAAACAUAUAAAGUAUAUAACAUUAAAAUAAAUAAAAGCUUAUUUAAAUUCCGUUGAAUUUUCGGGGGUGAUAUACGCCGUUGAAUUUUAAUUUCAAAAAAGAAGAAAUAAGGAAAAAAAAAGAUCGCAUGAAAAAUUGCGUAAAUCCUUUUACGGACGUUAAGUUAGCAUUACGUGUAUAGCAGAACUUCUCGUAACAUAUACGCCGAUGUUUAAAUAAACUUGUUGAAACGUGUUGGGGACCCUCAAUUUGUUUAUUUUUAAAAUUUGUACCGCUAAUAAACCAUCUAGUAUUAUAUUUUUAUUAAAGCGUUUUAAUCGAAUUUUAAUGCUAUAGAUGUGAAGUCGGUAGUAAGAAAUAUAACGUGGAGUAGUUAAAAAAUGGACCUCCAACAAUUUCCAAGUCUAUUUAAAUUAUUAUGUUGGAUAUGUUUUUGAAAUGUUCUACUAAAAUUUUCUCGCCAAUUUCCCUUCACUUAAAUAUCUCGGUUCACGCGUAUAAUUUAUAGGCAAAGGUUGAGAACCGCUGUCCUAUACGACGGUAUAGCGUUGAUACUUCACAAUUCAUAGUACAGAGUGUCCCACGAAGAUAUACACGUUGUAAUAUCUCUGGAGAUGAUAAAGAAAAUCAAAUUCUGGUGUUUUUUAUAUUACUCACUGAGAGAACUACAAAUAUUUAUGUUGCAAAUGAUUUUUUAUGCUUUGAAAAAAAAUUUAAAAAAAAACUCUAUUUUAUUAUUUUUCAAAAAUUUAAAGAUCGUUAUUUUAUAGAGUUUAAUUUUUCUUUACACUUUGAUGUAUCAAUUUUUUAUUUCCAUUUAAUUCGGGAUUUUAAAUCAUUUUUAAAAUUUAGAGAAACAUACACAUAAUUAUGAAGCAGGCUGUAAUCGCAUUACCUAAUUGAUUAUUAUUAUUACGAUUAAUUGAUUGCACACUUCUUUUCUCUGGUAUAUAUAAAAUAUUGUAUAUUGUUUUGUGUGCGACGCUCUGUAUUUAUAUAUAUAUAUACUAUAUCACGCGUGUACGGACAAUAAUCGCGCAACGAUACGUGCGCACACCGUAUACUUUAUUUCCGGUCCGAUUUUUAUAUUGCAGAUCAUAACGCUGAAGAGUAAACUGAAGACGGCCAUCGGAGGGCUGACGUUUUGCGAAUACCGGAAGACGACCGGUCGGCCGUGCGACAUGUCCGCAGACGGUAAAUAACGCGACAACCGCGGUGGAUAGGUUAGGUCUGGUCUUAUUAACAUUUCAAAUAAGUACAGUAUAAUCGCCUCCCACCGCGCGCCCUUCGCUCAUUGCUCGUGGCACGUGCUAAUAGUAGUCGGCCGCCGCGUGGUUACGAAUCAUCAUAAUAUUACUUGUAUAUUAUCAUGUCCGUCCGUCCGGUGGUCGUAAAAUUACCGCCACCCGACCAGCAGACGAUCUCCAAUAAUAAUAUAAUAACAAUUAACCUAAUAACAGUGUUGCCAAGUGUACGGUAACUGAUGGACGCUUACGGUAAAUUAUCCACUAGCCCAUAGCCCACUGAAUUAUACGAUAAUUACAAUUUUUUCCAAACAUUUUUUUUUUUUCAAAUUAAAACCUAAAGCGAAACCACGGCUUAAUUCUUGUAUGUAAGUAUUAAUAAAAUUAUAAACCGCGGUUUAGAUAAUGAUAAAUGGGAUGAUUUGUUGUUUGGAUUAAUCACCCAAAUUCCAUUAAAACGUUCCAGAUAAUCUAAAAAUAGUAAAAAUCGGCACAACAUUGAACAAAUUUUAUUUAAGAAAAUAUAUAAAGCUUAUUUAAUUAUUUUACUAUAAAAUUACAUAUUAACUGUUGAUAAAGUAUCAAUAUUAAUUGAAAUUCGCUCAGAAACGUUUUUUCGUUAGCAAUGGGGUUUAUCGUUGCUUAUAGGUAUAUAUUAAAUUAUCUAUAACAGUGGCUGCACCCGUCCUCAUUAUCCUAGGACGUCUCUUUAGAUGAUGUGUGUUAUCCAACUAAUUUAUUUACAACUAUGUACAACAAUGAAUCCAAGUUAUUUUUAUAAUAUAAUGUACCUAUUUAAUAACUUAAUAUAUUACCUUAAAAUAUUAAGUUAUUAAGUAGUUAUUAAUUAUAAUUUAUGAUUAAUAUAUUAUGAUUUAAACCGUGAUUUCAGAAACAAAGUUAAGUGUUUAUUGAUAAAAUUAAAUGAUAACAACUAUGGGCCAAUCAAUUACAGAUUACAGCCAUAGACGUAUUUAAACAUUGUUUAUAAUAUGUAUCUAUGGCAGCAGCAGUUGCUACACCAAUCGUGUACGAUUUUUUUGAUGAUACGAUAAUUUAAUGGGAAAUACGAUAAUUUUUGAAGACCCAUGCCAUAAUCAUAGAUAGAGAGUUAGGUUAGGUUAGUUAUAGCAAUACUGCCUAAUCAGCCCACGCUAAUCAGCGUGGAUAGUCGCCGUUUAUGAUGUAUAUUCCUAUGAUAUCCACCGUCGCCACGUCGCCGCGUAUCAUAGACGCCAGUAAAAUUAUAUUAAUCAAUUAACCGUUAAUAUUAAAAUUAUAACCAAGCGCGUAGGUCAAUAAAUAUUAUUAUUCGUAAAAUAUAGGUAUAAAAUAGCGAAAACCCGUGCGUAGUGGCGUCAUUUCGAUGUAACGCAUAUUAUCUGUGACGUUGUAAUAUUAUAAUACGUAUAUUACAUUUUGGAAUUUCGGAAUCGUAUAGGGAAAUGGCAUUAUAUAGCAACUUUCACAUGUGUUACAUGACCAAUCAGGAGGAUACAUACACUAAAUUACGUCUUAAUAAAUUACUUAAUAAAUUGUCUACUGAAACUGCGUCAAUUUAAUGUAUUGAAAUCACAUCUUCAAUGAUAACGGCGAUGCACCACUAUUUUUUUUUUUUUAUUAAAUAGCUGAGUAUUUAACAAAUAUAUGUAAUUUAAGCAAAAUAUGUAACAUCAACCGAAGCUUAAACCAAUCUGAUUGUCCUACAACAUAUUUCUUUAACAGAAUCAUUCGAUUGUUAUCAUUCAUGGCAAAUAUGUACAUUAAACAUUGAACUCUAUUUGAAUAUGUGAUUGAAAGAGGGGGGGGGAUUUGCUAUUUCAAAUUCAAAUUGGAUAUUCAUUUUAGGUAAAAAAAAGGUAUAAAAGGUAUAAUAUUUUACGAAUAAAAGAACAUAGAAGUUUAAUUAUUUUACCGUUCGUCGAUAAUCGUUGGUCCGUGGACGAUAGAAAGAAUGCAUUUUGUAUAUACAUACAUACGACAUAUCUAACCUAUGAUAUUGUGUAUUAUCAAUUAUUAUGAUCGAUUUUUCUAUAUAGAAAUGCAUUUUAUUAUGGCGGAUUCUUUGGACGCGGCGGAGUUAAAAUACUAUUGGAAAGCUUGGCACAAUCAUACCAGUUACGAAGUGAAAAAUAUCUAUCUUAAAUACAUCGGACUGUUGAAUCACAAGGCCAAGCAUCUGAAUAGUAAUUAUAAUAUUGACAAAAACAAAAAAAGCCAAAUAUGUUAUAGUUUUAAUAUUUAACGAUGUCACUAUAUGCUGUGUUGUACGCGUCACGACGAUGAUUUCGUGAAGAUGUCUCGAACGCAAUAGAGUACUAUAUGAAACCGUAUUUGAACGAAAACUGUAAUUUGAACGUCAACCGGAUAUACGAGUCCGUUAGGCCUCUAUACUUGCAACUGUACACGCACAUCCGCAAAGUCCUCAGAGACAAAUUCGGAACGACCGUUGUUUCGUUCAAAGGCCCCGUACCGGUGCAUUUAUUAGGUAAGUUUCCGAACGGUCCGUUAUUUGGUAUUAUAAUAUCGAUCGAGUAUACCGAUCUGUACUGCCGAUUUCGAGUACCAGCUGGGGUAAAUUCCACAGAACUUUUUUUUUAGUUGGAUGGAUUGGCGAGUGCAGGUAAUUACAGUGGUCGGUCGGCUGUUAAAAUUAAGUCAUAGUUUAAGCAACUUUUUUGGCAAUCGAUUGAAAUUAAUCUAGAUGUUCCAAAGUUAUAAUGGAAACACGUUCUUUUAUUAAAUAAAUCCAUAUGUAUCGUGAAACAAUUGUUCGUAGUUUAUAAAAAUCAUUAAUACAAAUAAAAAUAAAGUUUAUGGAAAAAUUGAUGAAUUGAUUACUAAUGAUUUUUAAAGUAUAUAAGAUCAUUUAAAUUUUUUUUAAUACCACUACAUAAAAUCAAAAUCGAUUCACCAAUUUGCUUAAAAAAAAAAUUUAUUUUAAUGAUUUUCGUAAAUUUCAAUAAGUUAGAAACAACAAACAACGUUUCAUCAUAAGUAAAUAUUAGUAACACCAACAUUUUGUUUCCAAAUAUAUUUAUAAAACUGCCAUCUUGGUUCUCGUAAACAUUUUUUUUUUAUUUUUAGUUAAAAAAAGAUAAAAAUAUAAAAAUAUUGAACGGAACAAAAGUUUGUGCAUUUGUUGAAUCUUCGUGGGACUCCCUGUAUACAGAUGAAUAUAUUUCAAAAAGAUACACCCUACUUUUCGUAAUAUUCUGUCACACGCACACGUUUCAGUUUUUUUUUUUUAAUUGGACAAAAGAUUCGUGGCAUUCAAAAAAAUAUAAUGAUAAUAUUCAACAAUACUAUCGCCCACUCGAAUGGAAGAUCUUUCGUUUUCUCUCGAAAUUAUACUUCGUAUAUGUUAUAUAUAAUGAUAUUUUUCUAAACUUACACCCCACACCACUUAGUCGUUUAUUAGUUCACAUAAAAUGAAAAUAAAUAUUGUUUAAUCUUGUUGAAAAAUGAAUGGAAUUGUUCAAACGGAACGGGAAAAUCGAUUUUUCUAUAUUUGAUUACACAAAAAACACGCGUUUCUACUGUUGUAGUCAGUAUAGUUUUUAUUAAAACAAAAUAAAAAACAUAUAUAGUUAAAUCCUUUUUUAAACUUUAUUUUAUAUACAGUAUUCUAAUGGGAAAAGUAUAAAAGAGCUGGUGGUGGGAACGGGUGUGUCACUGUUGUAGGUGAGAAGUUGGGAAGGUAGGAUACAUAAAGUUAAUUAAUAUAUGUAUAAUAUAUAUAAGCAACGAUAAACCAUUGCUAAUGAAGAACGGUUAAACGUGUAUUGAUGGCCGUAAAAUUUACAAUUUCGUCAAAAUUUGAUUUUAACUCUUAAAAAAAAAAAAACAAAUCAUGUAUUAGCGAACUGCGCUUAGAAUUAUCAUUCGUCAAUAAAUGGUUCAUCGUUGCCUACAGAUGAAAUAACUUUAUGUAUCCUACCUUCACAACUUCUCACCUACAAUAGUGGCCUAUCACAUCCUCAGUAUCAGCUCUUUUGUUUUUUUUACCUUUUUAAUUAUCUUGUCUAUUUCGUCUAUUUUACAGACUCUCUCAUUUAUAUACUCGUAUACACACAACAUAAUACAGUCAAUUACGACGCGUUAAUGUCUUGUACGGUUAGUUUUAAGACCUAGAUACUGAAUAUUUUAGUCGGUUUUUUUUUUAACACGUACAAUUUUUUAUAAUAUAUUCAUUGUACGAGUGAUAAUAAAAUAUAAUUAGAAGCAAAUUCAUAUUGUUAUAAUGUAAAUACGAGUAAAUUAGUUUUUUACGAGCUUAAAAUAUCUAAACGCGAAAUGAAAGUUUUAUUUUCUGGCUCAAUUUUAUAAAAUUCUAUGGCCGAUCCCGAAUAGUAGCAAUUAAAGCGAGAAGAAAAAGAAGACUUUUAUUUACAAUCUGUAAUUUGAAUAUAAUAAGCAAAUGAUGCGAUAAGAAAAAGGCUCGGAAAUGGCGAACGCCCAUUGGCCUUAUAGUAGUCAUUUAUAUAUGACAUACCUAUAUUGAUAUAAAAUCAAUGCGGUAUUCUAAAGAAAAACUGGUUUAAUGAUUAUUGUAUAACUUCUAUAAGCAAAAUAUAGUUUUAAGUUGAUCAUUAUGGAGCGGUUUAAAAGGGGUCGCUGUAAAUUGCGUACCAUUUUUAAUUUUUUAUGUAAAUUGCGGCCUGGGUACAUUUUGUACAUACGUAAAUUGCGGCCUGAGUAUAUUUAAAACAUAGUAUCCGAAUUUCAUAGCACAUUUAAAUUACUUAAUGUAGAGAAGUCCACUACAUUUGUUUCUUACUAACAAUAACUUUUCAUUUUUGUUUGUUUUAAAUUCCUUGUUGUCAAGAAUAUUGUGUAAUUUCAAAAAAGUGUCUAGUGAUUUUGGUAGUAUAGAAUCUCGAACAUUGUGUAAAUUUCGUUUAGUAAACUUUACAUCUUGAGUAGUUCGACGUCAGCAUUUUAUAAUUCAGAAUGAAUAAUUUUAGAUGGCCUGGUAAACAUAUCGUCAACGGCUUUUCAUUUUAAAUUGUUGUUAAGUUUCUGUCGAUUUAUUAUUUGUUCCAAAAUAUUUUAAAACUACUGUGAUCUUUAAAACUAUCUAUACACACAUUAUUAUUAUUAAAUUUCAAAAAUCACUUACACGUUUUAACUGUGCAGCACCAACGUUGAAUAUCAUUUUGCAGCAAUUUGUGAAAAAUAAAUUUGAAACCAUCGACUACUUUCAACAUUAUAUUCCUUUCGCUUUUCAUAACGUUCAUUUUUAUUAAAUUGAAAAAAAAAAUAUAAACUGUAGAGAAACGUAAAACCUUGUGCGAUUAGACUUUUACGAUUCGAUCAAAUGCACACUGGUUGCCAGUGAUAUUAUAUUAGUAAACAUAUUAUUAUCUACAUAUAUUAAUAUUAUCAAUCAAAGAUUAAUAAUUAUCUUUAAAUUGUACAGCCGGCCGGGAAAAACUCGGAAUGCAUUUUACGUACAUUUCAAAUAUAUCCGGGACGCAAUUUAUGUAUGUAUUAAAAGUACGUGAGCCGUAAUUUACAGAGUAUAUGAUUAUGACCUAUUUUUGAAGGACGCAAUUUACCGACUCCGGUUUAAAAGAUACAAUAACGUUAAACUCGCAUUGUUUUUGUUACGCACAAAUUGAUACGAGUCCAAUGGCGUGACCAAUGGGGUAGACUCCAGGUACGGAGUCCACCCACCCUCUUGGCCCGUAUAAAUAUAUAUAUAUAAUUUUUUUUAAAUGUCGAUUUUGAAACUUUUGUUUAUCAUUUAUAAAUUAUAAUUUUUAAGUUUAAAACUUAUAUUAUAGAAAUACAUACUCAGAAAACAAAUAAAAUAGAUUAGCUCUCCUCAUUAUACACAGAUAUACCGAUCUCAUAUAUUAAUGAAGUUGUAGAUGACUUGGCAUUGGAGAAGGGUUAUUAGAUUUUUCUCUGUGAAUACUGAAUAUAUUAUGUGUAUAAUUUUAAGUACCAAAUGUAAAAUUCUAAAAAAUUUCCUUUUAAAUUCUAAAUGGAGAGAAGAAGAUUAUGGUUUUACAAAAGUAUUUAUUUUUUUUUUUUUAUCUUUUUUACCGGAAAUCUUUCUCCGAUUUUUAAGUGUAGCAACUUUUCUGAAAGUAAAUCGGAUUGAGGAGGUUCCUCGAAGGAGUUUUUUUAAUGAAUUUUCGAUUUUAUCAGAAGUUUUUUUAUCAAAUGUAAAAACCGAAAAAAAAAACGGAGGAAAAUCGUUACUUACAUUAAUUUCCCCUCUACUAUCUUCCCAACUUCUCAUCUACAACAGUGGCUGCACCCACGUGCGAAGUAUGUCCGUCUUUUUUCCAUUCAAAGAUUUUUGAUUUGUAAAAUGUUGUAUUUAGUAUACUAUUUUAUACUUGGAUCAUUAACUCGUCUCUUUCAUUGGGUUUCGUUUGUUUUAGUGUUUCAGUAUGGCAUAUUAUGAACAUUUCAUUAAUCAUUGGGAUUGAAUCGACAAUCUAUUUUUGGUUUUCAAUGGUAACUUAUAUUAACGAUUCUGUAAAUUGACGGAGUAUUAGUUUAAAUAUAUAUUAUAGUGUUCACAUUUUAUACUUCCAUCCAUAGACGAGAUAUUCUACUUUUAAGUUUGGGUAGGGAGAGAGAAUAGCAAAACACUAUUUAAAUUAGUGCUGGACAAUUAAUCCGAAUCAAUCCAAAAUUCGGAAACCUUUUCAUUAUUGAUUCCAUUAUUGUGGUUUUAAUACACGGAUUACGGAUCAAAUCCGUAUCCGUAAAAUAUAUUUUUCAAUCCGAAAUCCAAGUGAGUCAAACUUGUGUUCAGCACUAAUUCAAAUGCUACGUACUAUGCUGCACAGAUUUCACAUAAAUAAUUCAUCACUUCCCUAUUAAAAUUUAAAAUUGGAAUAUCUCGUCAACGGGUUGACAUCACAAAUGUUAACAUUAAAAUGUGUUUAAACUAAUAUUCCAUCUAUUUAUGGAAUAUAAUAUAAGUUGUUAUUUGAGAAUCAAAAGUAGGUUCGUUCCAAAAUAUAAGGAUGACCAAAAAUAAUUUUAACAUUUUAGAGUUACUUGUUUGUUUCUUAAAUUUUCAAAAAAAAAAAAUACAUAAUAUAGCAAAACCAGUAGGCUUUCCUCGCUAUACGCUCAGAAUCAAUAAAAGAGUUUUUCAAUAUUUUAUUUAACUAUUUUUUUUUUUUUUUCGAAAUCCAAGCAUGUAUCUGUCCUGAAUUUGUUAAAAUAUUUUAAGUAUUUUUGAAAAAAAAAAAUGAUUAUAAUUUUAUAUUUAAUAAUAAAAUAAUAUUGUGUAAUAUAUACCUACGUAAAUUAUGAAUUGUAACGCGAUUUGGUUAACCACGGCUAUACCAAUUAUUGUUAUUAUUACUAUUAUUAUUACUUCCUAUAAAGUAUUUUAUUAAAUGUUCAAUGCGAAAUUAAUUGUUUAAAACGAAACAAUAUCGAGUUUCGUUUAAACUCUAUAGUUUUUAUAAUUAAUUUUGUUGUUCGAGACACAUAUUAAAUAUAAUUUAUAAAAUAAUGAAAUUAUAUUUCGGUUUUUCGCUUGUUAUAAUAAACUUUCAGGUUCGAUAUUGGGUCAGCCAUGGACAAAUUUACUACCACACUUAGUUCACGGACGUUUUAACACGGACGCACCAUAUCGAAAAUCAACCGCUAAAGUAGUUAUAUAAAAUAGACUAUCGUGUAUAAUUAUCAGAGUGCGGAUUAUAAUGCAAAACGAAUUUUUUUCUGCACGUCCUAGAGCAAUGCUAUCCAAAACACAAAAUUCGUUUCAUAUAUUAUGGUAUAUCAAAGAAUUAAAAUAUGAAACUUUUAUUUUGCAUUUUUAAAACAUUUUGUAUUUUUAGAGCAUUUUUUGACAUAUUAAGUGCAUUUUUAGAUUUGUGAGGCAUUUUUUUUUUUUAUUUUUACCAACUUCAUAGUACUAUCAGAAAAUUUGAUUAUAUUUUUUUUGCUUUCCCCUUAAAAGAAAAAAAUAUCAUGUUUUUAUUUUUAAUAUGUAUUUGGAUUUAUCGAUUGUACCAGAUAAAUACGAUGCAUCGAGAAAGCAUCUCUUGCAUCAGCAAGAAAACAAUAAGCUGUUUACGCAAUGUAGUCGUAUUGCACUAUUUGCACUGUCAUAUUUGGUAAAUUUAUAUACCCACCUCAUAAAAUAAGUUUUUUUUCCAACGUUUAAAAUAAUUUUUAGGGCGUUUUUUAAGGCAAUUUUAACUUUUUAUAAAUGUAUAUUAGUGCAUUAAAUUGUAUUUGUUGAGAGGUUUUUCUUGUUUUUUUAAGGCAUUUAAAUCCCACCCUAAUAAUUGUAAUAUAUUUAAUAUUUAUUAGAUAAAAUAAAAUAUACAACACAACCGUAAGGUAUACGCGGUCGAAGAUAAAAUAAAUUUAAAUCCUUUUUAUUUUUUCGAAGACUUCGAAGUUAUUGUUUGAUCGAGCUAAUGGAUUCUUUUCUUCGAUCGGUAUGGAUUGUGUACCGAAAAGCGUUUGGUCCCAAUCGAUGUUGUUCAACGAAAAUGACCGUUUUGCCGAUUGUGCGCCUUCCUCGUGGGACAUGUACAAAAAUAACGAUUUCAGGUCAUUAUUGUUAUUAAAAAAAAUAUUGUCAAUAGAUUUUAUUUAAACGCGGAUUCAAAAGUCAUUUUUUGUCGAUUAUUCUCCGAAAAUAGAAACUUUUGCACAAUACCUAUUAUAUUAUCUAUGUUUUUUUUUUAUCUUAUAUUAUAUUUAUCGUUUUACCCCGACAUUUGAACACUUGUAGCCGCUCCCUCUGGAUUGAAUGUGCCUAAACUCGAGAAUCAGAAUUUUUUUUUGUAGGCGGAUCUAAGUGAUAAAAGUCUGGUUGAAUUUCAAUAUGAACUUCACCGUGUUGGUGCUGGAAUAGAGUGUUUUUUUUAAACUUUGAACACUCCUACAGAGUACAGACCCUCCAAAUGAAGCCAAGGAGGUGCAUGCCGUUAGUAAUAAAUUAUUACUAAUAACUAUCUACGAUAUACAUUUCAGGGGUUUAAAUUUUCAACCCCCGACUCUUAUCAUUUGUGUGUUCAAAAUUCACUAAGGAUUAAAUCCUUGUUUUGACAGAUGAGAGUCUUUAUAAACAAAACCAAAUUUCCUUUUAGAAAAGUGCUAUUAUUGUAAAUCAGAGCAAAAUUGCCGGUAGAAAAUUUGUUCACAGGAAAAAAAUAAAUAAACAUCAUUGUACAAUUAUAAACUUCUUCGCUCCACUCAGAAUCUAAAUUAAAGCUAAUGUGUAUAGUAACGACAGUAAUGAUUUCACAAAAUUAGUUUAUUGAUCAAUAAUCAUCUCUUCACAAGCAAUUUGUAGUUAAUAAAUGUUUUACAAUUUUUUAUGUAAGUUAGAAGUUUUUCAUGAAUUCUUAAAUCCGCUAUCACAACGCUAUCAUAAUAUUUUUCGGAGUUAAUUUUAGGAAAUAUUUAAUUUUCAGUUCCCAUUUCAUAUUUAAGGAUGACCGGUAGUAUUUAGUAUUUUUGGUAUAAUAGUUUAACUUAAUUAGGAUCAAAUAUGAAAUAAAUUACAUACCUAUAUCGUACAAAAUUGUUUCGGUUUAAAGAAUUCUCUAAAUCAUUAUUUUUUUUCUUUUUCGUAUUUUCUUUAUAGUUUUGUUAAAAACGAAUGAGAAAAGCCCUUUUGAUUGUUAUACUAUGCAUAUACAUAUUUUUUUUUUAUUUUAUAUUAAUAUAUAGCACACGCCGUACACAGUAUAUAGAAUAUACAUUAUACAGCAUAUACCCGUAUAGUCACGUCCAUAAUAACAUAUUAAAAUGUUUUGUAUAUAUUUUUUUCCAGAAUAAAAAUGUGUUUCCAGGACACCGUCGAAGACGUAUACACAAUGCACAAGCAAUUAGGGCUGGUGCACUACUUCUCGGCGUAUAAAAAACAACCCAUCGCGUUUCAGCACAUACCCGACGCAGGUGACGUAAUAAAUAAAUAACACAAUAUUUUUCAUGCAUACACGUGGUGUACAAACACAUGCACACACACACACACACACACGUACAAAUAUUAAAAUAUAAAAGUAUGCAUUAUACAAAGGUGUAUUAUUUUGUCGUUAUCGCAGUGUUUUAUUUAACCGUUUUGAUACGCCACAGGGUCUAAUAAAAUCGAACACGUGAAUUUCAAUAAAACUCGACUUAAAGUGUCGGACAGGUAUUUUCUUUCCGGAUGUACAAUUUUUUUUUUUUUUUGGAUUUGUAUAGCACUUGAAUCCGCCGCUUCACUCGUGCGUAUCGAUUUUUGUUUUCAAACAUAAUAUACCUAUGCGACUUAUGAGAACGCUACUAUAUUUAAAAGUUUAAAACUGCCGCUUUACACAAAUUUUAAAUUUAUAUAUAUAUAUUUUUUUUAUCUUAAAUAGGUCAUACUUGAGAAGAAAACCUGGUAAAUAUAUAUAUAUAUUGAUUUUAUUGAAGUUCACAAUUUUUCGUUCCCUUUAAAUACCGCAACACCGCAUACAACUAAACAUAAGUAUCUUUGGUCCCAGGGAAGAAGGGAUUAAGUUUAUUUUAUAUAGUAUUCAAUAGAAAUAGUUAAAAUUUUGAAAAUUUCCCAAUGGCUUAAUUAAUAAAUAAGCUAAAUUUAUUGUCUUAAAUCAUAUAAUUAUGUGACAUGCCUUUUAAGCCAAACAAAACACAUCAUAACGAUGGUUUUAGUUUAAAAAUGUAAGUAGGUACAUUUUUUGACGAAAAUAAGUCAAUUGUAUAAUUGUAUAAGACUAUAGGACAGUAUAGGGUUAAUUGUAUGUUUGCCAAUAAUAUGUAGUAAGUGAUAUGGUAUAUACUUAAGCCAAUAGAUAGCGUAGAAUUUUGGGUUAAGUACUAUAAAUAAAAUAAAAUGUGAAUGAAUCUGCUCUCCCGUAUAAUCAUUAUUUUGUACAUACAACAUUUUUGAAUUAAGCCAUCGAUAAUGUCAUUUUAGUAAUAGUGUUUUAGUAAUAUCGUAGUGUUACACGUAUCGAGUCAAAAAGAAAAAAGGAAAAUAAUUAUAUUAGACAAAAUUGACUUAACCCUUUUUUCUAGAACCAAAUAUUAUAUUAGUAUUUUAUACUGGAAAUACACCGUGUGCUUUUACAAAAUAAUAUAAUAAUAUACAGUUAGGUACGUUUAUAUGUAUAUGAUGGUAGUUACGUCAAAAACUGUUUGAAAUUGAAACCGAAAAUAUUAUUCUUGUCAUGUGAACACUUCAAAACGAAUUAAAUAGGUACCUACAUCAAACCGUUUUCAAAAUGAAACACUCGCGCUAUUUACCGCGAUAUAGUUUAAAACGGUUUAGCAAAAGAACAUAGAUACCUCUAACAUUUAAACGCAUUUUACAAAACCUUAUCAUUCAUCGAUUUAUAUGCUGUUUUGGAUUGUGCAAUUGUACGUUGCUUGGCCAAAAAUUAUUAUUACGCGUUAUCAGUACGUUUAUAUGAUGGCAUUAAAAACGGUUUGAAAUGAAACCGUUUUAAUAAAUUUUAAAACGGUUUAGCAUAAUAUCUAUUAUAACUAUUUACAUGUCCGUAAUAUUUAACAAUUUAAAUUUAAUUGUUUUCUACAUGACUUGAAUUUUUAUUCAAUAGAUAUAAUAAUAUUUAUAUCUAUUGCUUAUUUUUCUUUAUUACGAAAUCGCGACUAUAACGACGCAUAAUGCCGUAAACCCGUAAUAAUAUUAAUAUCGAUCUGCUAAAUCCACGAAUAAUAAUUGCAAAAUGACCGAUUAGUGGUGUAAUUUAAUUUAUUGUAAUAAUGUAGGCAUAUGUAGGCUAUAUUUUUUAACAUUCGUCUAUCUCCGCGAUAUUUUCUUCCGGGUUUGGUAAGUGUAGAAGGUUUAGAUAAAUAAAAGAAUCGUACAAAUUUGAGCGAUCAGAAUUUGACCUACUCACUAUAUAUAUAUAUAUAUAUAUUAUGACUCAGGUUCGGAACUUAAAACACUCAAAAUCGACAAAAAAACGCUUAAAAAAUAUAUUAGUAUAAUUAAAAAAAAAAAAAAGAAAAAAGAAAAAAACAGUCAUUGCUUGCCAACGGCAUUGGCCCAAGGUUCGGUGCAAAUAUUCAAAUAAAACCCGUAUUGUACAGUCACGUAUCAACAUAUUGUUGUUAUUAUUAUAACCAUUGGUUUCUUUACUGUGGCGGCACACAGUGUUUGUCGAGGGCUUGCUGAACGCGCUGACGUUAUCGGUGAGGUACCGGGAAUUUAUCAGCCGGCACAACGACAGCGUGACCAGUCGGCACGCGUACCUAUUGCAGAUGGCCCUAGAAAAGGUGGCUGUUUUGCCGUACGCGUACGCCGCGGACGCCUGGCACUCGGAAGUUUUCAAAGGGAACUUCGCGCCAAAACGCAUGAACGACCAUUGGUGGAGCAAGAGGUAAAACAGUAAAACUCACACACAGUAUGCGCAUUAUAAACUAUAGGAUACAGGGUUAUUUUAUAGAGUUUUCCAUUUGACGGCCAUUUAACGUGCACUAUAUAAUGCGUUCAUAAUAAUUAAAAUACUAUAUAGCAAUAUAGUAUUUUAAUUACUGUGCACGUAUCUAAAAUUAAACGGACCGUAACGUUUGUUUCAAUCCGGAUCAAUCCAAAUUUGGGGCUCAGCACUAGAUGAGAGUAGUAGAGUAUAAUUUGGGCAACGGUACGACGCGUGGUGAGUUGCAAUGCACCACUACUCAGUAUUCUCCUCCAAUCCAAACUUAAAAGCGGAAUAUCUUGUCAACGGCUUGACAGAAAACAAAAAUGUCAACACUAAAAUUUAUUUUAACUAAUACUCUAUCUAUUUAUGGACUUUUAAAUUCAGGUUGCCGUUCAAAAAUCAAAAGUAGGUAAUGGUUUUAUAUCCAAAAAUAACGGUGAACAAAAUAACAUAAAUAUAAAAUUGUAGAGUUGCUUAUUUAUUGAACGUUCUAGAAAACAAAUUCUGAAAAACGUUAAAAUUUUCCGAGAUAACGAGUGUACCCACUUAAAUGGAUCACCUGGUAUAUAUUAUUGUAUAGUAUACAUCGUGUAUUUGAUGUUCCUUAGAAAAUCCAUGAUUUUAAAUAUAUUUUCAUUUAUUACUUCCGGAAAAUGAUCAUGUCCGUGUUAAUUUGCAGGCUUAAGUACGAGGGCGUUGUGUCGCCGAUAUCCAAGCUCAAGGACAAACUCAUCAACAACAAUUAUAGACCAUUUGACCCGAGUGCGUCAUACAACACGCUGACCGAAUUACCAGCCAUCAGGUGUAUAAUAUAAUAUCAUAACUCAGUUAAAAAAUCAAUGCAUCUACUAAUUUUGAAGUACCUUGCUGUGCAUUUCUGGGAAUAUAUCGCUAUGAAAUAGUGGACCUGAAUUUAUACUCGAAGUUAUUAUAAAUAUUAACAAUUUUAAAAGGAUUUUGUACUUCUUUUAAAUGCCUUUCGUCUAUUAAUGUGGGUUGUAGCCUUGUAGGUUAUACAUUCCACUGCUGCUCAGUAAUAUGAUAAAUAAAUCGAAUUUUUAAUACUUAUAGUUAAUAGCGAAUAACGUUGCAGCUAUAGCGAUAUUAAAUUCUGACGUACGAGUCUAAUACAUAAUACGGUAAAUCAAAUUCUUACAGGUAAUAUAUUUACCUAUACAAAUUUUAGUUGAAUUUCUUUGUACUUAUUUGUAAACUUACAAAACAAUAAACGAAACAUUAUGCUAUUUUUUUAGAAUUUCAAUGGGCUGAUUUAUUAAUAGAUUUCUUAAUUUUGUUUUAAAAUCUACUGACUGUUUUUUUUUUAAACAGAUUAGGCACGGUCACUUUUAAAGACGAUUAUGACGUUUUAGUUAAAUAAACGGUGGGCAAUUAGACAUACUUCCUUAUAGUAUUAAUAAGUUCGUUGACAAAUUGUCCAGGCUAUUUAGAAAGUAGAUUUUUAGAUUUAAAACUCGACAUUCCCAAAAUAAAUACGAAUAUAAUGCGGUCUUCAAAACUGAAAGUUGAAAAUUGAUUUCCUAAGUAACCUUUGAGUUCGUCAACAAAUUCGUGCAUCGGAUAUUAGGAAGUGUUUUCUAAUUUAUAAUCACCGCUAAUUGAUCUACAACGUAUGAAAAAUAUAUGUUUUUCAACUUUCUUAAUAUUUAGAUUAAAGUUAGGUUAGGACUUAGGAAGUUGGUCAACUUUCCAUCAGUGCAGUGUUACUUAGUGAUAUCAAAAAGCGUUAAAAAUAAAAUGUAUAUUAUUAAUUAUUAACAUGCAUCUUUUUUUUUUAUUUUUAAUUCUGAAAAUAGAUUAUUUUUGGUACCAAUCGUAGAGUUUCAAAUAUUUAGAGCAUUGUGUAUGAUUUGCGACGAGUACGACCGAAAAAAUUCAAAGAACAGACAUCUAUACGAAUGCAAUUUACGCGGCUACAGACAAAUCGGGAAAGUUAUUAAGCAAGUGUCUUACAGUCAUAUUAAAUUAAAGUUAAAUUAUUGUAGGUAGAUGUGCUUAUAAUUGGUAAUUUUUUUCCUUACAGAUCGGUUAUGUCAAAGGGUUCUUCGGUGAAAUGGCCGUACUUAUUCGAAAGAAUUGUCGGACACCGAAGACUCGAAGAAGGACCAUUGUUAGAAUAUUUUAAACCGCUUUUUGACCAUCUGUGCGUAACCAACAAUAAAACCAACGAGUUUAUCGGCUGGAAGAACUGGUGA